CCAAGGAGUCCAUCAUCUGCGUGGGCUCGUCCUGGGUGCCCAGGAUCGUGCCGGGCGACAUCAGCUCCCUGAGCCUGGUAAAUGGAACGUUUUUGGAAAUCAAGGACCGAAUGUUUUCUCAUCUGCCUUCUCUGCAGCUGCUGUUGUUGAAUUCUAACUCAUUCACAGUCAUCCGGGAUGAUGCUUUCGCUGGGCUUUUCCAUCUCGAAUACCUGUUCAUUGAAGGGAACAGAAUCGAAACCAUUUCAAGAAAUGCCUUCCGAGGCCUCCGGGACCUGACUCACCUUUCUUUGGCCAAUAACCACAUCAAAGCCCUCCCCAGGGACGUCUUCAGUGAUUUAGACUCUCUGAUUGAACUCGAUUUAAGGGGCAAUAAGUUCGAGUGUGAUUGCAAGGCCAAGUGGUUGUAUCUGUGGUUGAAGAUGACGAAUUCCACGGUUUCUGAUGUCCUGUGUACCGGUCCCCCGGAGUACCAGGAAAAGAAGCUCAAUGAGGUGACCAGCUUUGACUACGAAUGCACCACUACAGAUUUUGUUGUUCACCAGACUUUGCCCUACCAGUCGGUUUCAGUGGACACGUUCAACUCCAAGAACGACGUGUACGUGGCCAUCGCUCAGCCCAGCAUGGAGAACUGCAUGGUGCUGGAGUGGGACCACAUCGAGAUGAAUUUCCGGAGCUACGACAAUAUCACAGGUCAGUCCAUUGUGGGCUGCAAGGCCAUCCUCAUCGACGACCAGGUCUUCGUGGUGGUGGCUCAGCUCUUCGGUGGCUCGCACAUUUACAAGUAUGACGAGAGCUGGACCAAGUUUGUCAAAUUCCAAGACAUAGAAGUGUCUCGCAUCUCCAAGCCCAACGACAUCGAGCUAUUCCAGAUUGAUGAGGAGAAGUUCUUCGUCAUUGCAGAUAGCUCCAAAGCUGGCCUGUCGACGGUGUACAAAUGGAACAGCAAAGGCUUCUACUCCUACCAGUCUCUGCACGAGUGGUUCAGGGACACGGACGCGGAGUUCGUGGAUAUCGACGGGAAAUCGCACCUGAUCCUGUCCAGCCGCUCCCAGGUCCCCAUCAUCCUCCAGUGGAAUAAAAGCUCCAAGAAGUUUGUCCCCCACGGUGACAUCCCCAACAUGGAAGACGUGCUGGCCGUGAAGAGCUUCAGGAUGCAGAAUAAUCUCUACCUGUCCCUCACCCGCUUCAUCGGGGACUCCAGGGUCAUGAGAUGGAACAGCAAGCAGUUUGUGGAGAUCCAGGCACUGCCCUCUCGGGGGGCAAUGACCCUGCAGCCCUUUUCCUUUAAAGAGAAUCACUACCUGGCGCUGGGGAGUGACUACACCUUCUCCCAGAUCUACCAGUGGGAUAAAGAGAAGCAGCAGUUCGUCAAGUUCAAGGAGAUCUACGUGCAGGCCCCUCGCUCCUUCACAGCUGUCUCCACCGACAGGAGAGAUUUCUUCUUUGCCUCCAGUUUCAAAGGGAAGACAAAGAUUUUUGAACAUAUCAUUGUGGACUUGAGUUUGUGAAGGUGGGAUUGGUGAAUUGCAGAGACAAGUAACAGUAGCGC